AUGCCGCGCCGCUCCAAGACCUGCCCCAAGUGCAAGAAGCGUUUCGCCACUCAUGGCAACAUGAAGCGCCACCAGAAGAAGAAAGCCUACCGUAACCGAUACGACUAUCUCAAGCGCCUCGGCCGUCUGCACGAGUAUCAAGUCCCCCUCCCACCAUUCGACGGCCCUCCACCAGCCCAGACGCUGCCCCCACGACGGUCGACACGUCGCUCGACCACGGCCGUCGAAUCGUCGGGUACUGUCCCGUCAAUUAUCGGCCCAUCAUUGUCCAUGUUCAACUACUACAUGGACGGGCGCGCAGUUGACAAAUUCUAUGAUUAG